AUGUUAGAGCCCUUCUUUGCACAGCCAGUUCCACAACCGCUGCCCACGAGGGCAAAGCCACGCGCCCGGAGAACAGAACCUCGUAAACAGGCUCCUAAGAAAUUCGAGUUUGUGACGUCGGACAACGUGGGCAAACCUGCACCAGAGUCUCGCAAGUUCAUCCGUAGCCAUGUCAUGCGAGGCAAGAAUACCAAGAAAAGCCCACCCCAAACUUCAACACUAUGCUUAAGUGACGGUGCCACUCCUGAGUCCAAUCAGGAUAAUGCGGAGGAAGUUGAUCGACGCACGUCCUUAGCAGUCACUCACUCCACAGACAAUGGCCUUUGGACUUUGGGGCAUGCAUACCCCCGCCGAGAGAGAAACUGGGUUCAGUCACCCGCUCUCAUAGUACAUCUAGUCAGGCCUCCUCCUGAUCUGGAGCUUUUUACCUUUGCAGCCCCCCUUGACAAGAAGUCUCAGUAUCUCAUUUUCAGGUUUCUAACCACCAUCAAAGAAACCUUGUAUCCUGCAGAGUGGUGUUUCGAUACCGACCGCGAGAAAGCCUGCUGGUUUCGCUGGCUCCUUGAAGAUGUCACCUAUCUCCAUGUGAUCUGCUUCAUGGUCAGCGCAUUUCAAGAUCUAAUCGAUAUGCAAUCGUCACUCAGCCGUGGUCCAUACGAGAAUGGCUGGGGUGGAGAGUUUUCUUCUCAGACACGCAGUCGCCUACGACAUACCAUCAAACAUCUGCAAGAAAAGCUCCAAGAUCCCAAGAAGCAGCUCGAAGACUCCACUGCUGCCACCGUUAUAUCGUUGGCCAUGAUGGCAGAUGCCAUGGAAGAUACCCAGGCUUUCGAAGCCCAUUCGGAAGGCCUUCGGCGAAUCGUAAAGUUGCGAGGUGGCCUACCAGGAUAUGCCCACAAUAGACAGCUGCAGAUUAAGCUCUGCCGUGUUGAUCUUGGCUGGUCUAUCCGAAAUGGCUGCAAGCCUGAGAUAUAUAACGAGACUCCGGCUUGGGGGCCUCUCUUCGAAGCUUUCGGAACCGUUGCUUGUUCAUUUGAUCUUCAAAAGCCAUCCGAAGACUUUAUGAAUUUAUACUACACCUUGGACUGGAAGCUCCAAAACGCGUUCAAAGACCUUCGCGACUUUUCUACCUUGGCCAACAGGCUAUCCCCCAGUAGCCAGAAACUCAAACCUGAAGCUUUCCAAGAGAUCAUGCUUUCGAUCCAAUACCGACUUCUACAAAUGGACUUCUCCGAGGACUCAGACCCAAUCCAAGAGGCCCUUCGAAUUGGCCUUUUAGCCUUCGAAUCAACCAUCUUCCUCCAAAUACAGGGCACUAAGCUAAAAUCACAAUCCUUUAAUGAACAGCUACGGUUAGCGAUCCAGGCCACACCCGUGCAAGGAGAAGCCACCGCCAACGUCAAGCUUUGGCUGCUCCUGAUCGGGUCUAUCAUGGUGUUUAAUGGUAGCGAAGACUGGCUUGUUCAGUCCAUACGUAGCCUGGUGGGUCGACAGACAUGGGCGGAGGUUCAGGAGCGUGUCAAAGAGGUUAUGUGGGUUGAUAUGAUUCACGAUAUUCCUGGACGUCAGGCCUAUGAAGCCGCGCAAAGUUGUUGGUCAUGA